GAACUGGACUGAAUUCCAUGAAGUAUGUUUCUAAGGGACAGCUGGCUUUGCGCUCACUGGGCAUGGCAGAGCUCGAGAAGUUGCUUGGUUGUGCUCGCUCUGUUGCUAUUACACACGUCUGAUUUGGAAGGCAGAAAAUCCCAUCAGUUUGUCUGGAAAACGGGUCAUUGGGGUCGAUGCAUAGGUGACUGUGGUUCAAGUGGUGUUCAGAGUCGUGUAGUUUGGUGUGUCCAUUCAGAAGGCUGGACGACCCACCAUUCAAACUGUGAACAAAGCGAUAGGCCUGAUAGCCAGCGGAGCUGCUUUAAAAUAUGUGACUGGCACCUUGAACUCUUUGAGUGGGAAGUUUCAGAAUGGCACAUGUGUGUUCUUGUUCCAUUUGCUCAUGGUGAAGUCAAGCCACGGACUUCAGAGUGCGUAACUGCGCAGCAUGGAUUACAGCACAGAAGUGUACAGUGCAUACAAAAAUUGAACAGAACCGUUGUUGCAAGUGAGAUCUGUGAACAUUUCAUCCCCCAGCCCCCUAUGGAACAAGCUUGCCUAAUUCCUUGUCCCCGGGAUUGUGUGGUAUCGCAAUUCUCCUCCUGGUCGGUGUGUAGGAGACAGUGUGGAAAGCAUUUACAGCAUAGAACCCGUUCUGUUAUUGCUCCUCCACUUUAUGGUGGAGCUAAAUGUCCGAAUCUCACUGAAUCAAGGACUUGCAAUGGUUUUAUCUCUUGUUCUCACGGGGAAGAGGAAUAUACCUACAGUCUUAAAGUUGGAUCUUGGAGUAAAUGCCGACUGCCUCACCUUAAAGAAAUGAAUAUGAUUGGGAGAACUAUGUUGGACUUCAGUUCGGAUUCUACGGAACGAAGCACUUUCAAACUUCAAGUGGUUGAGAACGUGCAAAACUUCCACAGGUUUAAACUCCACCUCAGUUCUAAGUCUUUGGAUAUAGAGAUUGGUUAUCAAACAAGGCAGGUGAGGUGUACAAGACGUGAUGGGAAAAAUGUUAUGCUGAGCCUUUGUGUGCAAGAGGCCACCCCUUUGACCUUUCAGUCCUGUGUUAUGCCUAAAGACUGUGAAACAUCAGAUUGGUCUUCAUGGAGCUCUUGCUCAAAGACUUGUCACUCAGGGGAUCUGUCACCAGGAUUCCGGAGCAGAACUCGGAAUAUAACGCAUAUUGCCGUAGGAGCUGGGAAAGAAUGUCCUGAAGCAGAAGAAAGAGAGACUUGCAACAUUGGAGGAGGAGGGCGUCUUCAUCCAUGCCCAAGAUAUUCAUGGAAGACAUCAGAAUGGAAAGAAUGUGAUGUUUCUCUUCUGCUAGAGCAGCAGGACCCUCAGCACCAGAAGCGCACAGCCCUUUGUGGAGGUGGGAUACAAGUUCGGGAAGUCUACUGUGCCCAAAGCACAUGGGAUGAAAUGCACAAAUCAAAGGAAGUGACUAGACCUGUUGAAAACAAGCUCUGCCUUGCUCCUGCUCCUCCAUCUUCUCAACUUUGCAAUAUUCCAUGUCCUCCUGAGUGUCUGGUUUCUUCCUGGUUGGCAUGGGGCCCUUGCAUCCAUGAAAACUGCCAAGAUACACAAGGAAAAAAAGGUUUCAAAAUGAGGGAAAGACGUGUUAUUGUGGAACCAGUGGGUACUUCUGGUGGUUGUCCACACUUGAUAGAAUCCGUUCCUUGUGAAAAUCCAGCAUGUUACCAGUGGAUUAUUUUAGAAGGAGUGUGUUUACCUUAUAAUGGAAUAUGUGGUCUCGGGACUCGUAUGCUGCAUGCUGAAUGCAAGAACUACAUGGGGGAGGAUGUAUCGAGCGACUUUUGUUCAGAGCUCCCUUCUCCCUCUGGAACAACAGUGUGUGAAAUGCCUUGUGGAAGGGACUGUGUUGUAACACAGUGGUCACAGUGGUCAUCCUGUUCUCACUCAUGCUCUGGCAAAAAUACAGAAGGGAGGCAAAGCCGCACAAGGUCUAUCUUGGCAUUACCAGGGGAAGGUGGAAGCGCUUGUCCUCCUAGUCAUGCAUUACAAGAAUAUCGCUUGUGCAAUGAUCACUCUUGCAAUCAGCUCUACUGGGAAACGUCUGCAUGGAGUCCCUGCUCAGAAAAUACCUUGGUAACGGCUCUAAACGCUACAAUUAACUGGAAUGGCGAAGCUACUUGUGGAGUGGGUAUACAGACCAGGAAGAUCUUCUGUGUGAAGAAUAAUUCUGGCCAGGUCCCAGCCAAAAGGUGCCCAGAAUCCAUCAGGCCAGAAACAGUCCGCCCCUGUCUGCUCCCCUGCAAAAAAGAUUGCGUGGUGACCCCUUUCAGUGAAUGGACGAGCUGCCCUACUGUUUGCCAAAACGGUAAUUCUACUACAACGAAACAGUCUCGCUACAGGAUUAUCAUUCGAGAUGCUGUCAAUGGAGGACAGGAAUGCCCAGACACCUUGUUUGAAGAAAGAGAGUGUGAAGACAUCCCUCUUUGUCCUGUGUACAGCUGGAAGAUCCAUAAAUGGAGUCAGUGUGUACUGGUGCCAGAUUCCAUAAGACAGGGAAUGCUAGGAGUCAACGAGCCAUGUGGUCGUGGCUUGCAGUGGAGAGCUGUUACAUGUGUUAUGGAGAGCAACCAUUCGGUAGAUGUUGGUGAAUGCCUGAAGUGGGCAGAACCUAUGCCUUCCCUCGUUCAGGAGUGCCUGAUUCCUUGCAAAGAUGACUGCACAUUCAGCCCUUGGUCUAAAUUUCCUUCAUGUUCUUCAGACUGUGGCUCCAGAAGAACCAGAAGGCGAACUCUCACAGGGAGAAGCAAAAAGCGAGACAAGUGCCAGAAUACAGAACUAUAUCCUCAAGUUGAAACAGAACAAUGCCCUUGCUCAAUAUUUACCACCCAGCCCCAUGGAAAUUGGUCAGAAUGCAUUGUUUCGGUCAGAAAAACAGAACUACAAUUAGAAGCGAGAUUGCGUGGGCAUGCCAAAGAGUGCGGAGAAGGUGUGCGCUUCCGAUCCCUUGCCUGCUAUGAUAAGACCGGCAGAUUCGUGGAACCCUCUCACUGCAACCAUUCAGGUUAUGUCGAAGAGCCUUGUCUGGUACCUUGUCCAUUUGACUGCAAAUUAAGCGACUGGUCUGCAUGGGCCCCCUGCAGUACUACUUGUGGGACAGGAGUGAGAAUUCGAUCCAGAUGGCUGAAGGAAAAACCUUACAAUGGAGGGCGUCCUUGUCCAAAACUGGAUCCUAAGAAUCAGGUGUAUGAGUCAAUCCCAUGUUACAGCGAAUGCAAUCAGUAUUCCUGGGAAACAGAACCCUGGUCUCCAUGUGAAAUUAACAGCGAGCAAAACUCCCUCCAUUGUGGAGAAGGAAUACAGACUAGGAAAAUCAGAUGUGUAAACACCACCGAAGAUGGCGGAGGAGAGACUGUAGCCAACACGCUUUGUAACCAGUCUGAAAUUCCUCUUGACACUCAAAAGUGCACCCUCUACUGCCCCAGUGAAUGUGUCGUUUCAGAAUGGGGCCACUGGAGCCAGUGCCCACAGCCUUGUGACCCCAACGUAAUGCAAACACGGACACGACAGGUGUUGAGAUCUCCUUUAAAUCCCAAGACCUGCCCUGAAGAUUCUCAAAUGUGGCCUUGCGUUCUAAAUCAAAAUUGUUUUCAGUAUCGUUACAAUAUAACAGACUGGAGCACUUGUCAGCUAAGUGAAAAUGCAAUCUGUGGCGAAGGGAUUAAGAAUCGCCUUCUGAGCUGUGUACGCAGCGACGGGAAAACAGUGAACAUGAACUACUGUGAGCAGCUAAAUUUGGAGAAGCCUUCGAAAAUGAUUACUCGCUGCCUUGUGGAAUGUGUAGUCAAUUGCCAGCUGUCAGAGUGGUCGGCCUGGUCAGAGUGUUCCCGUUCAUGUGGCCUUUCAGGUCAGAUGCUGCGAACGCGUUCUGUCGUUAUGCAAGCCCAAGGAGAAGGAAGGCUGUGCCCAGCUGAGCUGACUCAGUACAGAAGCUGUGCUGCAAAACCCUGCUACAGUUGGGUUCUUGGAGAGUGGUCCCCAUGCAGAGUAGAGGGUGGGCAUUGUGGGGAUGGAAUCCAAGUACGGAACCUCACGUGCAUGGUACAUGAUGGCUCUUUAUCAGCAGCAUCUAGACAGGUGGAAAGCGCAUUAUGUGGAGAUCUUCCAUCGAAAGACAGUGUGUUUCAGCUUCCAUGUUCUGUGCCUUGCCCAGGCGAUUGUCAUUUGACGGAAUGGUCAAAGUGGAGCUCCUGUGAAUUAACAUGCAUCGAUGGCAGAAGCUUUGAGGCUAUGGGUCGCCAGUCUCGAUCGAGGACAUUUAUAAUUCAGUCUUUUGAAAACCAAGAUAGCUGCCCUGAACAGGAGUUGGAGACGCGGCCUUGCUCUGGAGGGAAGUGCUAUAACUAUGUGUGGAAAACAAGCCUUUGGCAAGACAAUGAGCGCACGGUGUGGUGCCAGCGUUCUGAUGGAGUGAAUGUCACAGGUGGUUGUUCUAUUCAGACGCAGCCAACUACAACUAGGCAUUGCAACCCAGUCUGUAGAAAGCCCUUCUCUUACUGCACACAGAGCGGAGUCUGCGGUUGCGAAAGGGGCUAUACGGAAAUAAUGAGGUCAGAUGGUUUCCUGGAUUAUUGCAUGAAGAUACCGGGUUCAGAAGAUAAGAAAGCUGAUGUUAAAACGAACGCUGCCAAAAAUAAACCCAUCAACUCUAAAAUGCAUGACAUUUUCAAAGGAUGGUCCAUUCAGCCUUUUAACCCAGAUGGGAAACUUAAAAUCUGGGUCUAUGGAGUAUCAGCAGGCGGGUUUUUAAUUAUAGUUUCCCUAAUCUUUACAUCGUAUCUUCUUUGCAAAAAGCCAAAACAGCAACAACAUUCUCCUCCACAACAGAAGUGUCUGACCUUAGCCUACGAUGGAGACGUCGACAUGUAACAUGGAAAGAAAUCCAAAUGUAGACAUCAACUGCCUUAACUGAUUUCCUUUUUCUAAUGUUUGGACUUCUCCGCUUUUUGUUUG